CCUCCUCCUUGAUAUUGCAGCACAUGCAACAACGGCGAGCUGCAAUGUGAGGAGGACGAGUGCAUGAUUGACGUGACCCUCAUGAAUGACAUCAACGGUCGGCCUCGAGAGUACGGUUGGAGGGCCAAUAAUUACUCGGAAUAUUGGGGCAGAAAGAAGAGGGACGGCUUCUUAUAUCGCACUGGCACUCUCAACCCCGAGGCACUGUCCCUGCAAAUGUACCCGAUCAUCCUGCGCCCCGACCCGUCCCGCAUCCCGAGUGAGUUCGACGCCCGAGAGAAGCCCGAAUGGGUCGGUCGGGUCAGUGACGUCGGAGACCAGGGCUGGUGCGGAGCGUCGUGGGCUUUCUCGACGCUGGGGGUGGCGCAGGACAGGCUUUCCAUCGAAUCCUUUGGCAACGAGACGGUUCGACUCUCCCCCCAACACCUCCUGAGUUGCAGCAGGAGGGGCCAGAGAGGCUGCGAGGGCGGGCACGUCGACAGGGCGUGGCAGUACUUACGCAAGGUUGGUGUUGUAAACGAGGAAUGUUAUAGUUACGAAAGUGGCACUACCGGGAAGGUGCCAAGCUGCCGUAUUCCUGUCAGGGCCAACCUCUUCAGCCUCAGAUGCGCAUCAAAGGAGGUCGUGUACCAGAGACGAGACUUGUACAAGACAGAACCGCCCUACCGCAUCGCUGGCAAAGAGGAAGACAUCCAGUGGGAGAUCAUGACCAACGGACCCGUGCAAGCCAUCAUGAGAGUGUACAGGGACCUGUUCAUGUACGCCGGCGGUGUGUACAGGCACACAGGAUCUCCACAGGAGGACCACGCCAUGCACUCCGUCAGAAUCGUCGGCUGGGGUCAAGACAGCUCCCUGGGAGGAAGGCCUUCGAAGUACUGGCUGGUGGCCAACUCGUGGGGCAAGCGGUGGGGCGAGCGAGGCUUCUUCCGCAUCCAGCGAGGCACGAACGAGUCGGAGAUCGAGUCGUUCGUCCUGACGGUCCGCGCACGACUCGCCGCCUACGACAGGAAGGCCAGGCGUCGGAGGCCCGGUCGCCACGCCCACCCGCACCACGCCCACCAUCACCCGGACGCCCAGAAUCAGUUGGAUAGGAGUGGGUGGCUUAUCUAAGAGGUUUUUUUUUUUUUUUUGAGAGGGGUGGCUUAUCUAAGAGUUUUUUUUUUUUGGGGGGGGGAGAGAGAUGGGGGGGUAGGGUAGGAGGGAAGGGGGUAUUUCCUGAGUUCUUGUUUUUUUUUUUUUUUUUCAUUUUUUUGAGGUGGAUGACAGGUCGUGAUGUAAUUUUUAUUAUUAUUAUUAUUAUACUUAAGAAAUUAUAUGAGAUAUCAUAAACAAAAAUCCUACUUGUGUUUCUCUUAUAUAUUUGACAAAAAAAAAAAAAAUAUAUAUAUAUAUAUAUAUAUACCAGAACCCUUACCUCCUUUUCUUUUUGUUAGACAUUUUUUUUUUUUUUGUUUUGUUUUGGGCUGUACAUAACUCUUUUAAAUGAGUCAACAACACUUCGGUCUCGAAUCUGUAGCCUCACUUCAGCGUUUAGUAAGUCAAUUCACUUCAGUCUUACGUAAGUCAAUUCACUUCAAUCUUAGGUCAUCUUACUUUAGUUUUACGUAAGUCAACUCGCUUUAAGUAAGUCAGCCUUUAGUCAGUCGUGAGUCGGUCUUGGCGCGUUCUGAACCAGUUUCAAAAAUUCAGUCUCGAGUCAGUCAAUAUCUUUUAGAUUGUUGUCCCAGAUUCGGAACAAUUUUUUUUUUUUUUUUUUCACGGUUUAUUGGUAUCGAAUAAUCCUUUUUUCCAAUCGUUAUUAUGAGAAAAUGAUUUUAUUUAGACUCAGUUGAAUAUUUUAAAAUUGAAAUGAUGCUUCAGUCAAGGCCUUUGUCUCAAUGUGCGAGAGUCCAGGCCAAUGUUUGUGUAGAUAGUUUCAUAUAUACAAAACACUGCCAGUUGUGGAAGCUUUAAUUUUAAAUAAUGCCUUUUUGUGGGCGGUGAGAGUGUUUUAGAUAGAUAAGUAGAAUAUAUAUGUAUAAAUAUACAUAUAUUUACAGUAUGAACGUAUAUAUAUAUAUAUAUAUAUAUAUAUAUAUAUAUAUAUACCACCCAUACAUUUAGAGACUGCCUACACUCUCAAUUUCCUUUAGUGUUCAGAGAAUAAGGUAGUUCAAUCCUCUUGGAAAGCCAGGUCAAAUAUUGCCGUGACCUCUGACCUCUCUAACCUUUGGAUAUUUAGUUCUUUGUGAGCCUCUUUGCUUUAUUGAAAAACGCUUGAUGCAAAAGCAAAUAGUUAUUGUUUUUGUCAUGUCCACCUGAUCUUUUCUUAUUCAGGAACUCUUAUCCUUCUUUUGCUGUUGUUAAAAUGCUUCUCUCCAAAUGACAUGUUAAUUUCUAAUGAAAACUUGUCAAGAUAUCAACUUAAAAGCAUUGAAUGCGUGUAAAUGACUGAGAGUGCCUUGCCUGUGCCUAUACCAUGUUUGAAAUGAAAUACACUAGCAUAUUUUAUAUCAAACUGAUCAUUUCUACAAUCAACUGAACUUAAUUCGUAUUCUAAAUAUAAAAGAACUUUAUUGCAAUACAUGUUAUAUUUCUAAUGAUAUGGAUACUUGAAUGGGUGUUCCAUUAAUGACUAAAGUUAACAAAGCUGUAUUUUGAUUAAACUCAUGGAAACUCUGAUAGAGUGCGUAGGUGCGUUAGUUUGUACUAUUUAGAAAUCCACUUUGAUACGAGUGAAAAUAAGGGAAAUAGUUUAUGAUAAGAGAUUAUUUAAUUGCCUCAAUGACUGCUUUGCAACAUCGUGCAAUCUGAUAUCGGUUAUUAUUUUUUUUUUUUUUUUUUUACCAAUCUAUCUUCAUAUCCUUUUUUUUUUUAAUUCUCUUUCUUCGUCUUAUCAUCAUAUUUUUUAUUGUUUUUUUUAUCUAUCUUUACCUUAUCUUUCUUCUUCUGUUUCCUUCUCCCCAUUAUUUGUGGAUUGUUUUUCAUCAUUUUUAUGGUUAUGUUCAUCAACAGAUGUUUCUAUUCCGCACAAGGAACUCGGUCUGUAAUAAUGAGUUAGAAUAAAUCUUAAAUACAUUUGAAUGUAGUAAUUCUA